AUGGCAGUCCCUGCGGAUGAGAAAGAUCACGACUCGCUUCGCCCGACUCAGAUGGGCGAGGGCGAGGCUGGAGUGGUCUCUGCAGCGCACCAACGAUAUGUCAAGGAUGGCAAUUUGGACGAGGAAGGGGUCAAGUGCCCAUCACACACGACCGAUCUCCGGCUCCUGACCAAGAUUGAUUUUCAUGUCAUUCCAUUCCUUUGUGUCAUGUACCUGCUGGCUUUUCUUGAUAGAGUCAAUAUUGCCAAUGCCAGGAUUUUCGACUUGGAGACAGACCUCGGCAUACAAUCCGAGCCGUCAAAGUUCAACACGGCCAUCGUCAUCUUCUUUGUGCCUUAUGUUCUGUUCGAGAUCCCAUCCAACAUCCUCCUCAAAAAGUUCAAGCCCUCCACAUGGCUGUCCUUGAACAUGUUCUUGUUUGGAUUUACCACAAUGAUGCAGGGACUGGUGAGAAGCUACGGUGGCUUGCUGGCCGCUCGGUUUUUCCUUGGAUUGUUUGAAACAGGCAUGUUUCCGGGCGCUUUCUAUCUGAUCGGCAUGUGGUACCGCCGACAUGAAGCCCAACGACGGUACUCCUUCUUCUUCAACAGCACAACCCUAGCCGGUGCCUUUGGCGGACUGCUCGCUGCUGCCAUUGGUAAAAUGAGCGGGAUGCGCGGCUACAGCGGGUGGCGCUGGAUUUUCAUCAUCGAAGGUGGCCUCACUGUGCUCGUCAGCUUCUUCUUCUACUUCUGGCUUCCCAACUUCCCCGAGCAGGCAAAGUGGCUCAAGGAAGACGAGCGCGAGUAUGUCGCUGCCCGGCUCCGCCUCGACCAGGGCAAGGCUGGCCUGGAUCGCAGUAUCACCCUGCGUGAUGUCGGGACCAUCUUCAAAGACUACAAGGUCAUCGUCGGUGGCUUCAUGUACUUUGGCCUCAUCGUCCCGGCCUAUGGGUACGCAUACUUUGCGCCCACGAUUCUGAACGGUUACGGCUACGACAAGAUCCAGACCCAGCUGCGCAGCGUACCCCCGUGGGUUGCUGCCUUUGCUCUCUCCAUGAUGUGCGCGUACGCCUCGGACAAGCUGAGACAUCGAGCCCUCUUCGCCAUAGUCCCCAUUUGUGUGGCCAUCUCUGGGUUCGCCAUCCUUCUCCGCGUCCAUGCAAACCUCGAUGCGCAGUACUCGGCCCUUUUCCUAGCCGCCAUGGGCGCCUUUACGGCAAUGCCCAUCAUCGUUUGCUGGUUCAACAUGAACCUGGGUGGCCACCACCGUCGGGCCGUCGGCAGCGGCUGGCAAGUCGGGUUCGGUAACCUCGGCGGCAUUGUCGCUGCUUUUUCUUUCAAGCAAGAUUCCGGCGCCAAGUCCGCCCAAGACUACAGCCUCGGCUACUCUCUGAGCAUUGCAUUCUGCUGCGCCUCUAUUGUAGCCUGCGUCAUCUACGCGUUUGGCUGCUGGAAGGCAAACAAGGACCGUCGAGAUGGAAAACAAGACGCGAGCCACCUGUCGGAAGAAGAGCAGCUGGCGCUGGGCGAUAUGAAUCCAAAGUACCGUUAUCUUUUGUAA